AUGUCCAGCCAUCUCGUCUUCAAGAAUUGUAGCUCCCAGUUCCGGGCGGCUGUGUCCUCACGAGGCAGGGCUCAAGUUUGGCAGCAGGCAAUCUUUCUUAGUCGAGGAGCGGGAUACACAUCUGCGCGCCAAUUUGCAUCACCUUCGGUAAAAGUGAACAGUCAGCGCCUGUGGGACUCGAUUCAUCACACUGCGCAAUGGGGCGAUAGUCACGAUGGUGGCGUGAAACGGCUCACUCUGACAGACGAUGACCAGAAGGUUCGCUCGUGGUUUGCAGAGACGCUGACCGCGGUUGGCUGCAAGGUGAAGGUGGACCAGGUGGGAAACAUGUUCGCCGUUCGACCUGGGGCCAACAUGGCGCUUCCUCCCAUCGCAAUGGGAUCGCAUCUCGAUACCCAACCGGCAGGGGGCAGAUUCGAUGGCAUACUCGGGGUUCUCGGAGGAAUCGAGGUCAUGAAGGUGCUACAUGAGAACGAUGUUGUCACUCAGGCCCCGAUUGCUGUGGUCAACUGGACCAAUGAAGAAGGCGCCCGCUUCAAUAGUGGAAUGUUGGGCAGCAGCGUCUGGGGAGGAAUGAUUGACAUGGACGAGGCUUACUCCAUACAAGAUGUCGAGGGCACGACAUUUCAAGCCGCGCUGAAAAGAAUUGGGUACUUGGGAAAUGAGGGCGCAAGUUACAAGACCAACCCUCUAGCUGCCCACUUCGAACUCCACAUCGAACAAGGCCCUGUUUUGGAAGACAAAAACAAAACUCUGGGAGUCGUCAAUGGUGUUCAGGCGAUGGGCUGGACAUAUAUCACCGUUCAUGGACAUUCUCAGCACUGUGGCACCACGCCAAUGGAUAGGCGAAAUGAUGCGCUCCUCGCAGCAACCAGAAUGAUUCCACAGAUCAACGCCAUGGCGCGUGAGGUUCAAGGUAUGAGCACCGUAGGUGUCUUCAAGUCAGAGCCGUCGAGCCCGGGGACAGUUCCGGGCAAGGUUCGGUUCAGUGUCGAUCUUGAACACAUCGACAACGACACCAGGGAUCUGAUGGUGAAAAGAACGAAAGAGAUCUGCGCGGAAUUCGCAGAACAAGAAGGUUGCCAAGCCACCUUUGAGGAUACCUGGGCCAGUCGAGGUGUACGCUUUAAUCCACUCUGUAUCGAGACGGUUACAGAGGUAGCUGAGGAACUGGUUGGCAAAGAUGGGUACGAAACUCUCCCUGCCGGAGCAGGACAUGACAGCGUCAACACCUCGCAUCACUGUCCCACAUCGAUGAUCUUUAUUCCCUCCAAGGGCGGCGUUUCUCAUCAUCCCUCCGAGUGGUCAACCCAAGAGCACUGGUAA